GUGUAUUAUUACUUUUUGUGUUUUAAUUUAACGUUAUCCUUUUGAUAUUUAAAUCUAAUUUGAAGGAGUGAGGUAUACUUACUUUUUAACAUGUUUCAGUUUAAGUAUUAAUUUUAUGCAUAACACGAAUGGUAUAUAACUUCAUAUUAAUAUGUUUCGUUUUUUUGAAAAAUAAUUUCUUAAAGCCUUACCCCAUGUACUUAGUUUUUUAUUUUAAUUGUAAUUCAGAUGUAAUCUAUAUCUACAAGGGACAAUUAUUUCAGUGCAUCGUCAACAAUUUAGAAAACAAAAAACAAACGAGCAGGUCGCAUGGCAAAAAAAUCAGGCCAAGUUGCUUUACAAGAAGAAAUCAACAAUAAUGAAGAUUGGGAAAAGUUAUUAGAAAAAACAGGCUUAUAUGUUGUAGAAAUUUACACCGAAUGGUGCGGUCCUUGUAUACCAAUGAUAGCAAACUUAAAAAAAAUUAAACUCGAGCUAGGAGGAGAUAAUCUGCAUUAUGGAAUAGCUAAAUCGGAUACAAUAGAUCACCUGGCAAGAUUUCGAAAUAAAAGUGAACCACAUUGGAUGAUUUUAUAUGACGGAUGUUUGGUUAAUUUAAUUAUUGAUACAAAUGCCCCUAAGUUAAUGAAAUUAAUUGCAAUAGAAUUUGAAAAUUAUAACAAAUUUAAAAAAGGUGAAAUACAACCAACUUUUAUUCCUUUUAAUCAAAUUACUGAAGAAGAAAAUAGAAAAAUGGUUGACAAAAAUCAAUAUUACGAGCAAAUAUUCAAAGAAGAAAAACGUAUUCGAGCUGAGAGAAUGGUGAAAAUAAGAGAACACGCAAUCAAAAAGUUUGUACCUAACAUUCAAAAACAAACUUGUGUUAUAUUCUUUCCACACACUAUUAAAUACGUAAUGGUAGAAAAGUCUCCAGAGGAUGGAAUGGAAACACUAGAUGAACCAAUUAUGCAUGAGCAACGAAUAUGUGAUUUAGCUACAGUAUGUGCACGCAAGUUCGAAGAGCUCAUUGUUAUCGAUGCAAAAGAAGUACAACUAACUGAAGACACUUUAAAUGAGAUAUUUUUCUUAGAUUUACAAAUACUUCAAAGCUAUCCUCAAGAACUCAUUGAUCAAAUUUUAAGUAACAAAGUUUAUUCAAUAAUGAUAUCAUCACCUACUGUUGUUUAUGAAAACGAAGAAGAUGAAACAGAUAUUGAACCACCAGACAUAAUGGGAGUAAUCGAGAGUCGAAUGAGUUUAAUAAUUUAUGGAGAGGGGGGUGCUUUGAAUCCAAGUCCCAACUCGAUUGCAGCUCAAAACAAAGCACUGACUGAAGAAGGAGUUAUAUUACCAUCUUUAUAUACACCAAUCAAUCCAAUGAGUAAAACAGCUGCUCUAACUGUUCUGUUUAGAAAAUACUGUGAAACUAACGGAUACAUACCACCUCAAUCGCCAGCUCCUCAGUUUCUCGUUAUAUUUGAUAUUACUAAGUCGAACAUUGUUCUUCCAAUUGUUGAGGAUCUAGAAGACAAAAUAUUAAAUUAUGGGUUUUUCCGGAGUGCUGAUCCAGAAAAUCCAAAAUUACUUUGUAAAGAUCCAGAGUUACUUGCAAGUUAUGGAAUGGACCGAGUUGGGAAAGAUGCUAAACUAGUAAUAUCUGUUCUUAAAGAUGAUAAGGACAAGUAUUUAUUAAGAUUUGUAGACGUCGGUCCAGUUUAUGUUAGUUCAGACGAAAAUAUAGGUAUUGAUGAUGCUAUUAAAUUUUUCCCACAUGAUUUUGAGGAAAUGGAUGGUGAAAUAAAAUUAUGGUUGGCACGAGAAACAAGAGAAGAAAAUGCUCAGGCUGAAAAUUUCUCCGAUUACGAAGAAGAAAUAGAUAAUGAAUACAAUGAAGAAAUUAAAGCAGAAGAAAAUUCAAUGAUGAUUUAAUAAUUGUGUAUUUCUUAUUGAUUUUUAUUUUUGUAACUAUUAACUUUUUAGUACCUACUUUAUUUUGAAUUACGGAAAUAUGUUCUAUUUACCAUUAGACAACGAAGGCAGAUACUACGAAUUAUUUAAUUUUCGUUAUGGCAUUUAACAAUACAGUGUAAAAAAUUCAUUCUCUGUGUAAGUGUAAUUUCACAAUUAGUUAUGAUAAUUCUAUGUAUUCUCAAAAAUUUUCGAUAUAUAAUUUAUCCAAGAGAUAUUUCA